UUGGAAGAAGACGUAUACCAAUUGCUUUCGUACCCGUGCAGUGGAGACCAGAAAGAAUGGCUGUUACUCUUGCUGGCUGUGGUCUUAAAAUGUGGUUGCGUUCUAUAUAAAUGGAAUUCGGACCAACCAUUGACCCAGAUAUUGAGAGAGAGAGAGAGAGAGAGAGAGAGAGAGACAUGGCGGAUUUGUUCCACAGGCAGGCAAAGGAUUACGCAGAGUCUCGGCCGAGUUACCCAGAAGAGCUGUUUGAAUUCAUUGCCUCAAAGACUCCAAAUCACGACCUUGUUUGGGAUGCCGGCACCGGCAGUGGCCAAGCCGCUAAAUCUCUAGCAAAGCUGUACAAGAAUGUGGUAGGCACAGACACGAGCCAGGAGCAACUUGACUACGCACCCAAGCUCCCCAACGUGCGAUACCAAUGCACCCCUCCAAACAUCCCCAUGUCUGAGCUCGAAUCCAGCGUGGCACCCCCGGGAACCGUUGAUCUUGUCACCAUAGCCACAGCCCUCCACUGGUUUGACCUCCCCACCUUCUACCAGCAAGUCAAACAGGUUCUCAAAAAACCCCAUGGCGUCAUCGCUGCCUGGACCUACACCGUCCCUGAGGCCAACAAUAGCAUUCCUUUGGUCAAUGAGAAAUUCGACGCUAUUUUCCGACAGUUUUGCGCUGACUUGCAGCCUUACUUUGACCCUGCAAUUAAGGUAGUGGAGGAUAAGUACAAAGGGAUCGAUUUCCCGUUCGAGCCGGUAGGUUAUGGGGCCAACCACACGGGGCCGUUUGAGUUCAUGACAGAAAGGGUGAUGGAUCUGGAGGACUUUCUCUUGUUCAUAAGGUCGUGGUCAGCUUAUCAGACGGCGAAGGAGAAAGGAGUUGAGCUGUUGAGAGAUGACGUGGUUGAGAGUUUCAAGAGAGCUUGGAGUGAAGAUGGUGGUGAUCGAAAGGUUGUGAAGUCCCCUAUUUAUCUGAGAAUUGGGAAAGUUGGAAAAUAGGAGUGAGAGGAGACUCAUGUGUGUAUUUCUGUAGACCCCACAAUAACGUGUGGUACUACGUAACGGUACUCCCGGACUAUUGUAUGAUUUCACGUACUAGAAUGCAAUAUAUUUUCGCAUGACUUUUCAUAUAUGAAAACAAGUUCUCCAUAUCAUCGAUCACCUUGUUCUUGAUACAA